AUGAAACAGAAGCGGUAUCUUCUACUAAAGCCACAACCGAGUCUGAUAUAACAGCUACUAGUGCCACAACAGAGCCGGUAUCACCAACUGAUACUGAAGCUACUAUAGAGUCUGAUAUAACAGCUACUAGUGGCACAACUGAAGCGGUAUUUCCAACUGAAACUGAAGCAAUAACAGAGUAUGAUAUAACUGCUUCUAUUGUCACAACAGAGGCGGUAUCACCAACUGAUACUGAGGCAACAACAGAGUCUGAUAUAACUGCUACUAGUGUCACAACAGAGCCGGUAUCACUAACUGAAACUGAAGCAAUAACAGAGUCUGAUAUAACUGAUUCUAUUGUCACAACAGAGGCGAUAUCUCCAACUGAUACUGACGCAACAACAGAGUCUGAUAUAACUGCUACUAGUGUCACAACAGAGGCGGUAUCUCCAACUGAUACUGAAGCAACAACAGAG